CCAACAGGCCUUUUCUGAUGAGCAGUCCAGAAGAGGAAGAAGGAGGAGGAGGAAAAAUGAGGAAGAGGGUGUGUAUUUAAACAAGGGUGUGUUGCUCUCUGUUGGAGACGUCUGAGGCGACGUCAGGACACAGUUUCAUGUGUUGUGAGCUGGCAGCUUUACUACAGUGAUCAGUCUCGUCAGAUGCGUGGAUGAUGGAUCACAGCAGCAACAGUGAUGUGACAGAGUUUCAGCAGCUGUGGGGAAGCUGGAACACCCUGUUGGACCGAGUUCAUGAUGACCCCAGGGUGUCACAGCUGAUGAACACAAGGAUUGGGCAGUACCUGAGCAGCCACCCUGUCCUGGCCCUCGCAGUGAUGCUGUUCGUCGCCAUGGCAGCAGUGCCCGUUGGACUCUUCCUCGCUUUUGCUCUUGUGACCAUCACAGUGUCUGCAGUGGGCUUUGUUUUCUUUGACGCGGUCCUGUUGUUCGUAGGAGGGGUGAGUCUGCUGUGCGUGCUCUCCGGCAUCGCCUUCUUCUCUGUCAUGGUUUCAUUCAUCUUCAACGUGUUUUAUAUCAUCGCCUCCAACAUCCUCAAAUCCUAUUACCCCCAUCUGACAAAGCGAGGCAAAGUCCAAGAGAUGCAGAGUGAAACGUCAAAGCCACAGAAAGAGGAGGAGUAGCUCGAUUCUUCCUCUGCUCGUCGGCUCUAAAGCACUGAGGCCUCAAAUCAGCACUCCUGAACUCCUGACGCUUGAUGGAUACGACUCAAGAGGACCGUUGAAUGUACUGCAUGUCGUCCUGCAGCUGUAACACAUUUUCUAAGCACAAGGACUCCCUGACAUUCACUGUAUCUUUUUUAUACAAGGUAAAAUGCAAUUAGUAUAAAACACCUUCAGCAGCCAAAGUUUGGUUCAACUUACCUUUCAACAGCCUUAAUAUUCAUGAAGUUAACUUAUUUUCGUCUUAUUGGUAAAUGUUCUAACUGAACAAGUUUUUUAAAACAGCAGCUUAAAGGAAAAUGUUGACUUGUGUGCUUUAUCCAAUGGAGCCAUGUGCACCAUCCUCUUUGUGUACGUCUACACAAGCCUAAUUGCACUACAAUAUAACUGUUACUUGUUUGUAUUUGCUGUUACUUUACAUUUGUGGUGCAGCCUUGAAUAAAUUCUCAUCAGCUUGAACAUG